AUGGCGGACGUUGAGAUUCCCCAGAACUGCAUUGCGGGAUGCGUCGAAGAUGCCGGCCAGUCCUUUCGAUUGAUUCUCGAUCAUGUCCCUGUACCCCGACCAGGCCCUGAUGAGAUCUUGUUAAAGCUGGACGCCUCGGGAAUUUGUUAUUCCGACAUACACUACAUGUUGGAAGAUCUGCCAACCCCGAGGUUGGCAGAUUACGGUCUGAGGUCCCCGGGACACGAAGGGAUUGGCUCAGUCGUCAGCCUGGGGAGCAAUGUCAAGGACUGGAAGAUAGGGGACAGAGGAGGAGUCAAGCCAAUUUGGGAUGCGUGCAUGAACUGCGAGUUGUGCUGGGACGGGAGGGAGACUUAUUGUCCCAAGGCAAUUCAUACGGGAUGCAUGAAGACUGGGACAUAUCAGCAGUAUAUCCUGUCCCCUGCAAAGUACACAACCAGGAUUCCUCCCGAGCUCAAGUCCGCAGAGGCUGCGCCGCUCAUGUGUGCGGGUUCCACCAUGUAUCGGAGUAUCAAGGAGUCAGGACUCAAACCUCAGCAAUGGGCCUGCAUCUUAGGCGCGGGCGGAGGCGUGGGUCACCUUGGUAUUCAGAUCGCCAAAGCCAUGGGCCUCCGGGUAAUCGGCAUUGAUGGCGGUCCAGAAAAAGAGAAAAUGUGUAUGAAAUUAGGCUGCCAUGCCUUCGUUGACUUCUCGAAGGUUCAGAAUAUCCCAGAGGAAGUGGUUAGACUCACCGAUGGAAAAGGAGCACACGGAGUCUUUGUGACGGCGACCAGCCCGAAAGCCUACACCAUGGGCAUAGAAAUGCUGCGAAUUGGCGGUGUUUUGAUGUGUGUCGGACUGCCACCAUUCGGCACGGCGGUUGCUGGUGGAGAUCCGGCCUUGUUCAUUGGAAAGAAUAUACGUGUCACAGGCACCCAGGUUGGGUCGAUGAAAGACACUCAUGAUGUUCUUGAUUUGGCUGUCAGGCUCCGGAAAAAAACGCGGCGUGCACCAGAUCGAGGGCCGAUCCUGGGGGCCAGCGACCUCGUGAACCAGAGUGAGCUUUGGCCUGGUGUAUUGCUGGAAACAGGGGACGAGAUCAGAAAAUUGGGAGACCGCUCCGUGAUUGAACUCCCUGAUUAUGUCCAGCCAGCACCUGGCUGGCUAUGGACUGAUGAGUUCCAGUACUUGAGUUCGAAGGGUGCUUUCAGGAUGCCACCGCCGCCGCUGCUCAGGGAGCUGAUAUCUGCCUAUGUUGAAUGGGUCCACCCGGUCUGCCCGAUCGUUGAGACUCGGGUUGUUGAUUCUGUCCUUGCGCUAUCCGACCAUCCCAAGAUAAGCUUACUCCUCCUCCAAGCCCUUAUUUACGCUGGCUCAGUAUUCAUCGAGGAAGGCAAACUUCGGUUGUUCGGGCUUGCAGAUAGAUUCACGGCUCAGACUGUCUUCUUCGAACGUGUCAAGCUGUUGUUCGAUUUCAACUACGAGUGCGACCGCCUUUGCCUAUUGCAGACCACAAUUCUGAUGUCCUUCUCUCAAGACUGGUCAAGGCCCUUGAAAGACAGCCGCUACUAUCUGAAUCUCGCCCAUUCAAUAGCUCUGCUGAUGGGGCUUUCUGAGGAGGACACAUAUUCCAAAUACCGCCCGGACAUAAAUCACCGUUUGAGACGCAUCUGGUGGUCUCUGUAUUGCCGAGAUAAAUUCGUGGCCAUCUCAACAAUGCAGCCCCCUUUGAUCAAAGAGGCCGACUUCCAUGUUGAUCCGCCAAUGCUUCCGGCAAAUAAUCUGGCACCCACAGGUGCAUUGUCAACGUUUCAAGAAUCAUUUCGUCCAGGGCAGGACAACGACCCCGAACUCGAGACUGACGAGUGUCAGUUUACUCUGCCCUUUGUUGAACAAACGAGACUUUGUUUGCAAAUCGGUCGCGUUUUAGACGAUCUAUACUACCCAGUCAGCGUUUUUACUGAGCCUUCUCAUACCGGUGUCUUGUUGACAGCUCGCCCAGUUCCCCAGGCGACUGUAAGGGCUCUCCAGCAAAGUCUCACAAUAUGGUGGGGAAACCUCGAACACCCUUUACGCCUAAACCUUCUCGACAUGGAUGGCGAGAUUCCGAUGGAACCGUAUCAGAAAAGACGAAUCAUCCAUGGCGGACUGCUUUCUAUGUUCUAUUUCGCCACGUCAAUGGCUUUGCACCGGUGGCCAACUAUGUUGAUGAGCAUACCUGGCAAUCCCCUAUCCGAGGGACAAUCAUGCAACCAUUUAUCCCUUGAAUCGGACUCACACAUGAUUCUUCAUGUAUGGAACAUUCUAAGUUCCAUUGACGUGGACAAAGUCGUCGGGCUCGGAGGCCACCUCUGCGUGAUUGAAGCAAUCAACAUUCUCGGCAUUGCGCGGCAUGGGCAGAACCACCCUUUUUUAUCUGCAGCCCGCAUCAAAGACAUGAGGAUGUGCCUACAGACCCUCAAAAUCGUCGAAAACGUCUGUCAAGGCAUACAGGACGCGCGAAGCACACUGGAGGCCAUACUAGGACAGGCUGAACAACGGUAUUCCCGUCUCAUCACGUUUACCUUUACCUCGUCACCACCCGUCUCCGAGCGGACUUCUUGCACGAGUCCGCCACAAGAAGAAGAAGGAGAAGACAAGAUCGAUCUGAGCGACGUCGGACCUCAGGCCACAGACUUUUGCACGAGUGGAGAGUCGGUGUGGCUCGGAGAAAGUCCAGUACGGUUCUAG